AUGGCUGACCUGACCGAAGAGGAACUUGGGAUCAUCAAGCUGAGCCCGCUCGGCGAUUCCCUCAAUGCAAUUCGGGAAGCACUGUGCGAUGCGCAACCAGACCGGUCUACCAACGCAUCUCAAUCAGAAGACAACGCAGAUGCACCGGACCGGCCGCGGCUAUUCCUAGGAGCAAUCAGAAAAUUAUUCUCCGUACUGUCUGCGUCUGAGGCUUCCCCCUUUUUGGCCUCAAGAACUGGGAGAGACUCACUCGGAUCUGAUCGUAUAUCAGUUCGCCUUCGCCUUCUCGUGGUCAAAGACGACUUCGACUUAAGUCAUUUCCGCCAGAUUGCCCAGUUCAUAAUCGACCAAGCCCCCGAUGUCGACAUUUGGGCCGCAGCCAUCACCCUUAUCAGAGCAGUCACCCAUACCACCCCUCCGCCGAGAAUUUCGUCGCCCUUCGGAACUCCUAUCACCAAUUCUUCCGCUUCACAGCAAGGCACCGAACAAACGAGACGAGAGAUCGAACAUCGCGUUUUCGAAGAAAUUCGCCACUGUACAUAUCGCGCCGUCGAGGGGUUUCACGAGAAAUACUUUGAAGAACGCAGAUGGAGUAGGCGAGUCAAACAAAUAUGGCAGAAAGCUAAGGAAUACUACGACGGCAAUAGCAAGAGAUGGAAGGAUCUUGAAGGCGGCGCAAAUGAGGACAAGGUGUGCAACUGGUGGCUGGGUCUUCAGACUAAUCUCGUUCCGACCCAACGGGCGGCAUACUUCAAGAGCACCCCAGGCAAUAAGGUCGGCUCUGAAGCUUCACGACAACUGGAUUUUCUCGUGAAGCUGAAGACGGCUGGGUCGCCAGGUGUCAAGCACGACUGGAGAGACGUGCUAGUCGUCGGGGAGCUCAAGAAGUCUGAUCAGAAGAACGAAGGCUUGUGGCUGCAGGUGGGUAGCGCCGUGUGGAACGUCGGUGUCACAUUCGAUAUUCACGAGGAACCUGAGAAGUUCAUCCAGGUCAUGUGCGGAUACUUGGUCAUGAGCAAUGACGAGCUGGGGCUGGAUACAUUCACCAAACAAAAGCGCAACAUAACAUCGGUGGCUUUACCAGUGGAAGCCCGUGGCAAGAAGCGGAAACACCAGCUUGAGAUGGAUCCAAACCCGAUCGCGCAUCAACGCGCGAUUGUUUGCCGAGGAACCUCAUGUUACUUGGCGAAACCAACAGGCGCGACCGACUUCGACAGGGUCGUCAAGUUCUCCUGGACCUCCGAUAAGCGGCGGCCCGAGGCGGACUUGCUGGACAAAGCAAACGAACGUGGCGUCAGGGGUAUUGCGAGAGUUGUUGGCUAUCAGGAAGAAAUCACCAGCAUCAGCAACCUACGUGAUGGUCUGAUUUUCUCGACUCCGCACAAGUUUCGUGACAUACCACGGAGCGCUUAUACCUCUUUUUCCCAAUCGCAACCUCCGCUGGGCCAGUCGUUUUAUCAAUUCCCCGGGCUCAGCAUUGCCAGCCGCGGGCACAGUAAGCGGAAGCCAAUCGACGGUUCAAGCCCUCUGCCAAAGAGAUCUCUGUCUAGCAGCCAGCUUGCCCGAGCAGGCUGUGGAAGCAAUGGAGUCAAUUAUCCCAUUGAGAAACCGGAAGGGACCAGUUUAGUUCAGGCGGAUCAUGGCCUGGCACCAUAUGGCAACCGCAUUCUUCGCGCGCUGGCGAUUUCCCCAGCAGGGCGGUCCAUCAGUCAAUUUAAGUCAGUUACAGAGCUGCUUGAAAGCCUUCUGGACGCCAUUAAAGUGCACCGGUCACUAUUCACUGAUGGGAAGAUUCUGCAUCGCGACAUAUCGGAAAAUAGCAUUAUCAUUACAGACCCGGCGAAGGCAGAUGGCUUCAGAGGCAUGUUGAUUGACCUCGACCUGGCCGAGGAAGUGGGCAAGGGCCUUAGCGGAGCCCAACACCGAACUGGAACGGUGGAGUUCAUGGCGAUCGAAGUACUCCUCGGCAUCUCACAUACAUACCGUCAUGACCUAGAGGCGUUCUUCUACGUCCUCAUAUGGCUAUGCGCUCGCCGUGGUUGGGCGUUGGCUGGAGCUUCACGCCCACCGGAAAGGAGCAGGUUGUCACGAUGGUAUUCAGAAGGGUACGACGAUCUCGCACAAACUAAGCGAGGCGACAUGGAUCAAAAUGGAUUGGAAUUCAUCUUGAGAGAGUGCCCAACAGUUUUUGCUUGUGUUAAGCCACUGUGUAGGACCAUUAGAGAUAUCCUGUUCCCAUAUAAGGACGGACUAUUCACUGGUACUCCAAAAGAUCCAAAGGUCCUGUACGAUCCAAUCAUCGAUGCAUUUGAGAAAGCCAUAGUAGAAGUUAGAUAG